AUGAGCACCGCACUCAAGUCCAUCCGCUCCCUUGCGCCCCUGCUCGACCGCGUACUGGUCCAGCGCAUCAAGGCCGAGUCCAAGACCGCCGGCGGCAUCUUCCUGCCCGAGUCGUCCGUGAAGGAGCUGAACGAAGCCAAGGUCCUUGCUGUUGGGCCCGGCGGCCUGGACAAGGAAGGCAAGCGGAUAGCCAUGAGCGUUAAGGAGGGCGAUAAAGUCCUGAUCCCUCAGUAUGGUGGCAGCCCCGUCAAGGUCGGCGAGGUCGAGUACUCACUUUUCCGGGACCACGAGCUACUGGCCAAGAUCAACGAAUAA